UGCAUCUCAGCUGGAAGUCUCCAUAGCGCUUCAUUUUCGUUACUCGUCUAGAAUUCCAGAACUUCCUUAGUCUAGAAUCUUUGCCUAUCUUUGUCUAAAUACUUGAAAACCUUUAUUUAAAACAAGGAAUGUUUAUCAGCAUGUUUUAUGGUCUUAGUGCAAAGUUGUUAAUUUCUCCUUUCUUUUUUAGAGUUGUUGGGAUUAAGUAUCUUCUUAUUUGUUUGUUACUUACUUGUAGUUUCAUUUGAUUGUGUCUGUGUACUAAUAACUAACGUAGCGGCACCUAUUGCCGGUAGAGGCGGUGGCGGUGUGACCGUGGCGGUGCUGGCGACAUGAGCGCGGCCGCGCUCCGAGCGGACGGCGCGGGCGACUCCACGCCCGGCUCGGACGUCGGCGAGCGUAUCACGCGGCUCUUCCCCAAGUGCCGCCCAAAGAACAUGCAGCACGCACACGACAGGUUGACCUCCAGCUUGGAGGGUCGCGAUCGCGACACCAACAAUGUGAACAACGCCUCGUCUGACGAGGAGCGAGGCAACGAGAGCCAGCUUGUCAUACUCAACUCUAAAGGAGGAACCUAUAAACUUAGGGAUUCUAGGAUCAUAGAAAUCGCAGGAGGUCGCGAGCUGUACUCCCAGAGCCGGACGAAGGCGGUGCGCAAGCUGCGACACAACAACACGCACAAACACAACCUCAGGAACAAAGUCCGCUCCCUCAGCAAAGACACCGUCGACUACGCAGCCGAUAACCUUAGUAAUGAGAUAUCCUUACACAGAAUAAACAAUGAGCCUAAGAAAAUGAUAUCCCGGCACACAUCACCGACGUACACGAAUGGGGAUCGUGACGUCAUCCUAGAGCAGAGUGCGAUGGGGAUUCCAAAGAAUAGUUCCCCAAUCCUGGACCCCCACAAGACGACUGACGUCAGCACUAAAAGCAGCCCCAUUGCUGUUGUGGCUGACGGAGAAGUCGUUGUCUUUGAUGAUAGUGAUGACUGGAAAGUGAUAUUGAAUUCUGUGUCUCUAGGUUUGAGGACGGAACCUGAAGCUAGUGACGAUGAGAUUGAUAUAAGUGUAAAGAGAACUAUAGACAAUAUUAAAAACGGUGAUAGUGAUGUGUUGAACAAUAAAAGUGAGAUUAGUGAUGAGAGUGAAUCGAGUCCGUCGCGGGAUGAGGUCCGGUUGAGUGACGCGAGUCCGUCUGCCGCGUGGCUGUCCGGUGAUGAAGACAAGUCGAGGGUGACCAGGGUCAUUGGUGAAUUGCCCAUCGCUGAGUACGAGGGCUCGCCGAGAAGGUACGGCGUUGGUUCGCAGAAGCCUACCCGGUCGCCGAGGCCUGGGUUUCCACAGAGGGUAGUGCCAGAGAACACAGACAUCAGUCCACCAUCAGGGUCAGCGGCCUUCGAUUACCUGUACGAGUUCUCAGAGACCAGGAAGGUUUUGGAAGAAUUCUUCAGAUGUCCCACGAACGCUGGACAGCCACAGAUCAAUAAUCUCAUUGCUAAUGAUGAGAUUGUUAACUUUCAGGAACUAGACUACGAGCUAAGACGUCAGCCUCAAGAAUGUCCGUCAGAGAAUGGACUGGAAGGCGGCAGCGAGUCCGAGUGGCCUCACGUCCGAACCACCCAACAGCCAGGGACAUACACGACCCCGAACGUGCGCGAGCUGAGCGUGGGCGCGGCGUGGAGCGGCUCGGGGUCCCCGACGGGCGCGCGGCCCGACGUACCGUUCGCACUCUCUACUGACUCCAGCGACAGUGGCAGUGACCGCUCACUCUCACUCAUGUUGAUGGAGAAUGAGCUGUCGGAGAUGAAAGUGGUGAUGGACACGAGCCGCGUGGUGGUGACACACCUGCCCGUCGUGGAGGACGGACUGUCCUCGGGACACGCGUCCGAUAACGACAACAAUAACCAGAUGGUACAGACACAUUCAGUAGUGAUAAAGGAGAUUGUGGAGAAUGGGACGAGCACGGACCCGCACGUGUUGUCUGAUGCGGACCUACAUUCACUAGACCCGUUAGUAUGCAGUACGUCAGCGCCGCCGCCGCCGCCGGCCCCGGCGCCGCACCGGCCGGCGUCUCCGAGCUCGGUCCACGCCGGCCACGCUCCCCACGCCCCCCACGCUGCCCACGCCGCGCUGCCGGCGUUGCCGCACGCCCCGCUCACGCCACAUACGCCUCAUACGCCACACGUGACGCAUACGCCUCACACGCCUCACGCCCAACAUACGCCGCAUCAUCACCAUACGCAUCACGAGGACGUGUAUCCGCCACGCAAAAGGCCGUCAUCAGCGCAGAGCACAGAAUCAGUAGAGAUUAAACCUGCCAGCGGAGACGAAGUGGACGACAAUGAAAGUGAAGUGAAAGAAAAUUGUUCGACAGACGUUCGAUGUCAACUUUUAAGUGAAAAUGAAGAAAGUUUAAAUGAUAAAAUAGUAGAUGAUGUAGCGAAUAGUGAAAUAGUGGAUAAUGUUGGUAAAAUUAGUGAAGUUAGUUUAAAUGAAGCAGUGGAAUCUAGUGAUGUGAUUACAGAUAAUGAAAACGAGAGUAAAAAGGAUGUGGAUAUUAAAACUUGUGUUGAUAGUGAGUCAAAUGUUGGCGUGGAGUUAAAGGAUACAAUUGAUGAUUCAGGCGUUGAUGAUGCAAAGGAAGGAAAGGGAUGGCGCAAACCAAAAUCCCGUACGGUGAUGCCGGGCGGCAGCGUGGUGGCGGCGCGCUCACCACAUGCACACGACUCCACAGACAACCGGGACGAAGAGGCACUACACAAUGGAAAGGACAAAGACGGGAAGAAAAAGAGUAAAAAUAAAGAAGAUGUAAACCGUUCAGUGCUCAUAGAAGGCGUAUUGUUCCGCGCCCGGUACCUUGGAUCCACACAACUGGCUUGCGAGGGGCAGCCCACCAAAGCCACCAGGAUGCUACAAGCUGAAGAAGCCGUGUCUAGAAUCAAGUGGGGCUGCGACGGGCCGUACUCCGGCGUGUACGCCGCUCCGGCCGCCGUCUUCCGACUCUCCUUCCUGGGCUCGGUCGAGGUCGACGAGGACUCGCGCCGACGCAAGAAGCGACCCAAAAAGAACAUGGUAGAGGAAGCCGUCACUAAGAUUAAGGCACCUGAGGGCGAAAACCAACCAAGUACAGAAGUGGACCUCUUUAUAUCUACGGAGAAGAUAAUGGUCUUAAACACUGAACUAAAGGAAAUUAUGAUGGACCAUGCAUUGAGGACUAUAUCUUACAUCGCGGAUAUAGGUGAUCUGGUCGUCCUCAUGGCUAGGAGAAGGUUUGUUCCACAUGAGAACGAUUCCGACCAGCCUAAAUUGAACCGCACGCCGAAAAUGAUCUGCCAUGUUUUUGAGAGUGAAGAGGCACAAUUUAUAGCUCAGUCUAUAGGCCAGGCGUUCCAGGUUGCCUACAUGGAGUUCCUAAAGGCGAAUGGAAUAGAAGACCAUAGUUUCGUCAAAGAAAUGGACUACCAAGAAGUGGUGGUCCCGAAGACAAAGGGUGAGAUUCUAGGCGUGGUGGUGGUGGAGUCAGGUUGGGGCUCCAUGUUGCCCACCGUGGUCAUUGCCAACCUGGCGCCCGCCGGGGCUGCCGCGCGAUGUGGACAACUUAAUAUAGGCGAUCAAAUAAUAGCAAUAAACGGAGUAAGCUUAGUAGGGCUGCCACUAUCGACUUGUCAGACGUAUAUAAAGAACUCCAAGAACCAAACCGUGGUCAAGCUGACCGUGGUUCCUUGCGCGCCUGUGGUCGAGGUCAAGAUCAAGAGACCAGACACCAAGUACCAACUUGGAUUCAGCGUGCAGAAUGGAGUUAUCUGCAGCCUGCUCCGCGGCGGUAUAGCAGAGCGCGGCGGAGUGCGAGUGGGACAUCGCAUCAUUGAGAUCAACUCACAGAGCGUCGUCGCCGUCCCACACGAACGGAUCGUCAACUUACUCGCCACCUCCGUCGGAGAGAUUGCUGUUCCAGGUCUGGGUGUCAUGUAUAUUGAUGAAGACGAUGCCGACGUCGAUGUUCAGGCUGCUGACCGGCCAGGAGAACCCGGUGUUCAUAUAACGCGCGCCGCCGCCGCGUCUCAAGUGCCUGCUUACUACGAUAUUACAUUACGCCCACUCAGCACCGCCACACGGCCCUAGCCUCGCAAAAUAACCCGCAACUUAAUACUGCCGAUUAAUAUUAUAAAAAAAUAUAAUCGCCGCUAAAAUCUCAACUAUUCUGAAGUUUGCGCAAGUCAUGCGCAGUUGCGCUAACUGAAGGUUAAGUUGCGCAACUAUGUUUCGACGCUAACUUCAUAGCAGUGGAGGAAUUAGGUUUGUAAAUAUUAUAUAUUUUGUGUAUAAUAUACAUUAAACAGCUGUGCAGGAGUUUCUAAUGAUUGGUCAUGUUUAUUUAAUUUUGCGUUAACUAGGUACGUCAACUUAGAUGGCUAUCGGCCAUUAAUUUAGUGACAAAUGUACAAUAAUCUAUUAACUUCGAACGUUGACCAAUUAUUAAAAAAAUGUCUGCACAUUAUAAUAUAGAUUUAUAACAAAAACCCCGUAGAUAUCCCGUGUUAAAUAAAUAUAGAUGACCAUAUAACAAGUUAAAUAGUAAUCCUGGAAAUAAUGUAACUGUUAAGUAAGCUUUCUAACACCAUUUUAAUAUUGUUCUACGAGCUAUGAACUUCGACUGUCUUGUAAUUAUAAUUUAGUACGAAUAGUAUUAAUGUUGUCUCGAAUGAUUUGUGUAAACAAAAGUACAUAUUUUAAAUGAUUUUGUGAAGAUAGUCGAAGUACAUAAAUGAGUGCUGUAACCAAUGGAAAUACACGAACAAGCUCUAUUUCAGUCAGUUAUGAGUGAGCUUGAGGUCGGUGAUUCUUUGCAAAAGCGUUCGUUUUCGUUUACAUUCAAAUAACACAUAAAAUGUAAUCGUUAACACAUUAAUUUCUUAAUAAAAAGUACAUAAAACAAGUACCUCUAACAAGGUACAAUAAAAUACAAGAAAAAGUAUAAUUUUAUAUAGCGAGGAUAGGGCCAAACUCAAGCUUAGCUGAUAAAAUACUCAAUAAACAUAUGUGAUGAGUUUCAAUGCUUACAAUGCUUUCGUGGCUAAUAAGAUAGAAUAUAAGUUGUAUUAUCUCUCUAUUCAAACACCAUGUAUUUAUAAUUACGAAUACAAACAUGCUCUAUAUAUCUCACCACAGAGUAAAAAUAAAUACAUUAUGAAAUACUUUUGCCUCGUAAUUAAAAAUACAUGUUGUUAUUCUUUGAUCGUCAUGACAAUGUGUAUACAUACUCCACUUAUUGUAUUUAUGAAGAAUAUCAGAUCCCAUUCAUAUCUGCUUAGAUAUUUGUAUUAAAUAAACAAAUUAAUUCAGAAAACAUUCGCGAUGUUUUGCUCCUGUUGUAAAAUGAACAAUUUAUUUUCGAAUUAUGAUUAUGUCGUGAUGUUGUUUGCCAUAUUUUUUCUUUGUUAUGUACCUAGAUCGAAUCUGAUUAGGAAUUGUAUUCGUUUAAGUGGAUCGGUAAAGUUUUUAAUUUUUGUGGUGUUAUCCUUUUUUUACGUACGUAUUUGGAUGUGUAUCUCGAAAUUUAUGUUUAAUUUAUUAUUGUUUUUGUGUGAAACUAUAGGUUUUAGGUGAAUUAUGUGAGGGAACAUACAUGUAGUUGUAUUAUUUAUUUCUGUGUCACCGUUCAUGCCUGUUAGCAAUCAAACCAUUCCAUUAUCAUAAUGUUUAGUUCUAUGUAUACUCUGACAAAUCGACGUUAAGUUUCAUUAUUUAAACAAAUAUUUCUUACGAAUAAAAGUGCACCAUAGUUCAAAUUGAGUCAUUCAGUUCAGAUAUAAACAUGUAUAGCUUAGAUAAGUAGGUCCAACGAUCUAGCUGUGCUGUGGCACUCAUUCUAGACAAACUUGCGUCUAUCAUAGUGAACGCAUCCUAAAAUCGGCGCCACAGCACAUUCACAGACCUACAGUGAUCAAAUUGAAUAAAAAAAGAAUUGAUUAGUGAAUAUAGUAAUAAAAAAGCAUUAUUUCGUGUAGCAUCUCAAAAGAUAUAUCAUAUUUUGUAAAUUUUAUAGUGUCGCUAUAGCUAUGUAAUCUAUAUAUGUAUGUCCCUGUGUUCUUAGCUAAGCUUAGCGCUCUGAGAACGAGUAAACAACAUUUAUUUAUGUAUAAAAAUAUAUAUAAUUUAACAGUUCUAAUUAUAAACACUUUAGAUAUAAACACUUGAAUAAACCGCUUCUGAUUACGUACAUUUACCCCCCAAACUAAUAUCUCCUCAAUAUGUCUUCUUUUUCGUGUUUGGUUCAUUUGCUCUUACGGCCAGUGUCCUACAACUAUGGGUGUGCGUAUCAACAUCGCAAAACAUCGACAUAAGUAAUCCAAUGUCAGCACCUUUUUAAACUUUCUAGGUGAUGUUAAACACCCUUUAUCUAUUUCCUAUAUCGUCGCUCAAAAUAUCCCCAGAACUCUUAAAUUUUCUUUACUCCCACGACCCCCGACACUGGCCACGCCCUCGUGAACUAAACGUAAAUAUAAUAAGUAUACAGUCUGAUGUAAUUUUGUAUUGCUAGCUGUUGUGAAUAAGAUUUAUUUACAUUGAGAAACACAGAUAAUAAAUAGCCUUUUAUUGUGAAAGCUGGUAUAUGGUAGGUACACUGUAACAUGUGAAAUAACUAUUGUUGUUCUCAUUUCUAAGAGUAUUAUUCUAGUCUGCAUUAAAGUUAAGAAUAAACUGAACAAACUGAUUUUGGUGUUUUAUUACUUACCCAGUACCGUAAAAUGGGGUGGAUAAGGAUCGA